AUGGUAGCGGACGGCGAUCUCAAUUUUCGGGUGCGGGGCAUCCCAAAUGCGUAUGAGAACAAGUCGGGCGUGAGAAAGCUCAUCAUGGAAGUCCUCUCGAUCCAGCCGGGCACCAGUGUAUCUGUCCGCUCCCUUGCAGCCAGCCCUAUCGACGCCAAUACCAGAGUCGCCACUGUGGUAUUUCAUAGGCUUCCCACCCCUAUAUCAGACAGGGACAAAGAUGAAUGGUCUUUCAGCCUACCAGUGCGCGAAGAUGUAGACGAAGACGACAUAGACUGGCCUCUACCAAUCAUCUUUGAUACUCACUUUAUUGGGUUUACGCCGCUGGAUCAUGCGAGCCAGAGUGAAUCUCACGUUGAUGUUAUCGCCAUUUCAGGUCUUGGCGGUCAUGCAUUCGGAUCUUUCAAGGAUCGGGAUGGGCCCUUUAUGUGGCUGCGAGAUGCUCUCCCGUUAGAUUUCCCCGGCUCGAGAAUCCUGGUUUACGGAUACAACACCCGGCUCCAUCAAAGCCAUUCAUUCCAGAACUUGAUAGAUCUUAGUAGAGCGCUUCUGGGAGACCUACAGGGACUGAGGGGGCGUGACCAUGAUCAUCCUACAGUCUUCAUCGGACACAGUCUUGGGGGGCUGGUAAUCAAAGAGGCAGUAGUCAAUGAUCAGAACGUCUUGACGCUAGAAGGCGUCCUAGGGUUUGUUUUCUUCGGUGUUCCUCAUCUGGGAAUGGCGACGAGGUCAUUGGUGCCUCUUGUCAACAACCAGCCAAAUAGGUGCCUAGUUGAGUCCCUAAAUAAGAACUCAGCAUUUCUCCAGCAUCUUGACAACGAUUUCAAUAAGAUGAUCUCGGGGAAAGGCCCCAAAGUCGUCUCUUUCUACGAAACCGAGGAGUCUCCUACUGCCGCACGAAAUCACAACGGCGAAUGGCGCCUCUCAGGACCUGCCGAGAUUUUGGUGGAUGUCUCAUCAGCCACUUGCGGUCCUCAACACAGUUAUCCAAUUGAUCGCAAUCAUUCCGAGAUGGUAAAAUUUCGCAACCAUUACGAUGAGUUCUAUAUCCGUGUCAGGAGUGUGCUUCAGCCGUUGCUCGUGAGGCGUAAUGUGACGAAUGCGUUCAUUUACACGGAAGCAAGCAUUGCUUCGACAAGAACUCCGGACGCGCAGUAUCAGUGUCUUAGGUCGCUUUCUUUUCAGGAACAGGAAUCCAGACACAUCAAUAUCCUUUGCGCAAAGGACACUUGCGGAUGGAUCCUCGAAGAUCCGCAGUAUCGCGCUUGGAUGAGGAGCUCAAGUGGACUGUUCUGGGUCAAAGGGAAUCCAGGUGCUGGAAAGUCCGUCCUCAUGAAGUUUGCAUGCCAGACGAUGUCGAUGCAGCAGAGAAAGGAAGAUGGGCUGGUUGUGUCAUUCUUCGUCCAUGGGCAGGGCAACACCCUCCAGAAGACGCCAUUUGGCAUGUUUCGAGCACUGCUCAAUUCACUACUUUUGAAAUUCCCGGAGCCUCUCUCGCGGCUCACUGAGCGAUUCGAAGACCGUGAAAGGCGCUACGGUUCUUACGAGCAAGGAAGAUGGAAGUGGGAAGAAAAUGAGUUGCGGGACUUUCUGUCGGACCUUCUCAUUCAGAGGACUGGAGCCCUCCCAGUAACGAUCUUUGUUGACGCACUCGACGAGUGUGGGGAGUCUCAAGCCAAGACCUUGCUGGCAUACUUCAAGACCGUGGUCCAGACUGCCGAGCUAGAAAAUGGGCAGGUAAGAGUCUGUGUGUCGUCUAGGCACUACCCAAUCCUGGGUCGAAAGUCAAUCCCUACAAUAUCUGUGGAAGAGCGCAACCAUCGAGACAUUAGACUCUAUGUUCAGCAGAGUCUCCGAGAGAUUGAGCCUGGGUCAGAACGACACAGUAUCGAAAGUGAGAUUCUAUUGAAGGCACAGGGCGGGUUUCAGUGGGUGGUCUUGGUCACCACUAAGGUUCUUGAAGGGAGUACGAGAGGGAUACGGGCCGAUCAUUUGCACGAAUAUCUCAAGAGCAUACCGGAAGACCUCGACGAGCUGUACGCCAACCUCGUCUACACUGCCACUGGAGUUGAAGAAUGUGAGAUGGCCAAGUUAUUCCUGUGGAUCCUCUGUGCAACUCGGCCCUUGUCCGCGCAUGAGCUUCGUGAGGCCCUCGCCUCCGAUAAAGAUAUGGAACACACGACCACCUUCGAUUUGAGGCGUCACCGCAGCUGGAUCAGCAACAUUGCCCAAUUUGAAGUGUACAUCCAACAUAUCUCCAGAGGCUUGGUUGAGUUCCAGACACGCGAUGUUUGGGAGAAAUACGACGUGGACGGAGGGUAUGAUGAGGAAUGGGACCGGGAAGCACAAUUUGUACAUCAAUCUGUCGCUGAUUUCCUUCUCAAAAGCUUCCCCCAGUGUUCUGAACUUGCGCCAUACAGCUCCUGGACCACCACCGGCCUCGGCAACUUCGAAAUAUCAAGAUCUUGCCUCAAAUAUCUGAUGCUGCAGGAUGUAUUGCAAGGCGCACAGCUCCCGCGUGUGGCUUACUGUACCAGGUUCCCACUGCUACAAUAUGCUGUUAGCUCCGUCUUUGAUCACAUUUGGCAACUCGAUGAGGAAGGAAUCCCCCAGACUGACCUCCUAAAUCUAUUUGGCUGGGAUGAAGAUGCAAAGUCAUUCACGAAGAUUGCAAGCGUAUGGAAAGUUUUGGAUCCUGAUGGCGGUCAUGCUCCCGCAGGGUGGCCCUUUACAGGAGCGACUCCUCUUCACGCGCUUGCUGCGUUUGGUGUCAAGAGCGCGUUCGAUUCGUACCUCGACGAGAACGUCCUGGUUGAUAGCGUCGACAGCGACGGAAACACACCGUUCCUUCUGGCCAUCUGGCAUAGAAAACAGGAUAUGGCACUGGCGCUUCUGGACCGAUCGAUCGAAUGGGAACAACGACUCGAAUUAGCAGACUGCCCACUUACCGUCCAAGCCGAGAUUCAACGACGGGCAAGCUAUCAAGUGAAUUUCAAGGCCGAGAACUACGAAGGGGACACAGCAUUGACUAUUGCGUUGGACCAAGACGCUGACAAGGUUGUCCUAAAGCUUCUGGAUAUGAAAGACCACUUUGACAUUAGCGGCUUGGACGUCGAAUUGGUUACUUGUGCUGUACGGGGUAGAAAUCCCGACCUCCUCAAGAAGCUGAUUGGAAUGAACAUCUCGCUUGACGGUGUCAUUUAUUUUGCGGUACACGAGCUAUCCUGGGCUGGAGAUGAUGAGUUUCUUGAUGCCACCAUAUACAACUGUCUGAAGGCUGGUGCCAACAUACUCAAGUCGGCGGAAUUCGGGCUGACUGCGGAGCGCCAACGCAGCACGGAGAGUGAACCGUCCACUGAUUCUUCAAGAAGUGAAGACCUUGAAGACGAAUUUGAUGACGCUCUUUCACUCGCAAUUUUGAAAGGCUGUGCGAACACAGUUAGAUGUCUCUUGUCCCACGGCGUGUCAGCUAGCGUUCGGACUCAAGAGGGCCGCCCACCACUUUUAUUUGCUGCUUCACAUGGCCACGCGACAAUUGUGCAAAUGCUGCUCAACACAGGCCAAGUCAACCCUAAUACAAAAGACCCUUUUGGACGGUCAGCACUUUCAGUUGCUGCUUGGUUUGGGCAUGCGGCAGUUGCCCAAGCAUUGCUUGAUACAGGCGAAAUCGACCCUGAUACCAAAGACGAGGUUGCCGGGUCACCACUUUCAUAUGCUGCUGAAUAUGGCCAUAUGACAGUCGUCCAGAUGUUGCUCGAUACAGGCCAAGUAAAGGCUGAUGCAACAGAUGUCUAUGGCCGAUCACCACUUUCAUAUGCUGCUGAAUAUGGCCAUAUGACAGUCAUCCAGAUGUUGCUCGAUACAGGCCAAGUAAAGGCUGAUGCAACAGAUGUCUAUGGCCGGACACCGCUAUCGUAUGCAGCUCAGCAAGGAUUUGAGUUAAUGGUAAGAUUGCUCUGGGAGAAGGAGCGAGUUGAUCUCAACUUGCGAGAUAAAGCUGGACGGUCACCACUUUCAUACGCUGCCGAGCGUGGUAAUGCAGCAAGAUUCGUCGAAGUAGGGCAACACACGCGAAUGAUCGAUAUCCCUUCGACAGACUUGUGGAGUUGCCCGCCGUUCUGGUAUCUCACGCAGGAUAAAGUCUCGGCCAUUGUCAACCAACCCUCGGAGGAGCCUUUCGGCCACCUGCAUCGCGUCGGCCUCGCCCUGGACUUCUACGGCCGUGACUCGCCUGUGUCGACUAUCAGCGUCGCCGUCUUCACCGCGCGUGGCUACACCGUCAUUUUCACCUUCUCGUGUGGCACAUUCGGCUCCGAUGGGAUUUUCGUCCCAGGUAUGUGUGAGCAGGCCGACAGCUAUGGGGUCGUGGCUUGGGUGCGUAGGCAAAGAUGGUUUCCGGGCAGAUUUGACGCCUUUGGCUCGAGCUACCUGGUCUACACGCAAUGGGGGCUCCUGCGCAACCCGCCGCCUUACCUCGCGUGCUCUACCGUUCUCGGAGCGCCGAAUGACCACACCGUGUUCAACUGGACCGGGGAGGCUUACCGCCUCAACCGGCUCAGGUGGAGCAACGCAACUCCAUCGCCACGCGAGAAGCCUCCAAGGGCGGGACGUCGGCCGUGA